AUGCUCCUUCAAUCCGCUUCAAGUUUGAAUCAUGAACACUACAUUUCGGUCAUCGCCAUUUCGAUUCUACUGAUAUUAGUUUCUUAUGCAUACUACCAAGUCUUUGUCAACCAUCUUAGCAAAUAUCCCGGACCAAAGUUCGCAGCUAUAUCACGGAUACCUCACCUCUACCAUACCUUCAAAGGCGACCUGCAUGAGUGGAUCAAUGGACUACAUACUACACACGGUGAUGUAGUCCGUGUCUCCCCAGAUGAGCUGAGCUAUGCGACUGGCGAGGCGUGGAAGGGAAUCUAUGGCCAUGCCGCAGUAGGAAAACCAGUUACAGAGAAAGACCCUCGAUUCUACGGUCCAUCAUUCAACGGAGCCCCAGACAUCUUCCGGAGCAUCGGAACGGAUCACUCCCGUUUUCGCCGCAACUUCUCGCACGCCUUUUCUGAUCGGGCGCUUCGAGAACAGCAGUCUUUGAUCUGUGGAUAUGCGGACAGUUUAGUUGAUAACCUCCAUAAAACGAUCAAGGAGGACCCCAAGGUGAAAAUCAAUAUGGUCCGCAUGUUCAAUCUAACGACUUUUGAUAUCAUGGGAGAUUUGACCUUCGGUGACUCCUUGAAUCUGUUAGCUGGAACUGGGAACAGCAAUUGGGUGUCCGCAGUUUUCGGCAGUAUAAAAACCAACGCUUUUCGCAGAAUUGGACGCUACGCCCCUUUGAUCGCUCCCAUUGCUCAAAUGCUUAUUCCGAAGAAAAUGAAGCAGCAAAGCCUCGCUCAUUGUGAGGCCUCACAGCAGCGCGUUGACAAAAGGAUCGAUGGCAACCAUACGCUGCAAAAGCCUGAUAUCUGGGGCAUUGUCAUGAGCCAAAAGGAGGACCUCCUUAUUAGUCGCACAGAGAUGUAUGCCAACUCACAUGUAUUCAUGGCUGCAGGUACCGAAACUACUGCAACUGCGCUAAGCGGUUUGCUCUAUCACCUCCUGAUGAUGCCUGAAAAGAUGAAGAUCCUAGUAGAGGAAGUUCGUGGGACUUUUAAGAAAGACUCUGAUAUUGAAAUGAGAGCUCUGGAGCAUAUGACAUAUCUCAAUGCGUGCAUUGGGGAAGGGUUGCGCAUCUACCCUCCAGUUCCAGCUGGUCUGCCUCGCGUUGUUCCUGAUGAGGGAUUGCUUGUCUGUGGAGAACAUAUCCCAGGAAAGACCGUGCUUUCGGUUAAUCACUGGGCUACCUAUCACAACGCUCGAAAUUUCAGGCUGCCCAAUCAGUUCAUCCCUGAGCGUUGGAUUAGCGAUGACUUUGCCACUGAUGAUAAAGCUGCACUCCAACCAUUUUCAUUCGGUCCUCGCAACUGCCUUGGAAAGAAUCUGGCAUACCAUGAAAUGCGUCUCAUCCUGGCCAAGGUGCUGUAUAACUUUGAGCUUUCUCUUCUCCCUGAGUCUAUUGGUUGGGAAAAACAGAAAACAUUCUUUCUGUGGGAGAAACACGAUUUGAUGGUUCAGCUGGAGGCGAGAAAAUAA